UUUGAGGGUGGCAUGGCCGAUCUCCGUGCGGUGGCAGACGCUUGGACAAGUGAGAUUUGGGCACAGGCCUCGGCUGAUGUGGAGAAGAUCAAAGGCAAGCCUGCUGUGUCGAAGGCAGAAGGGGCAAUAGGGGCCUGCUACCAGCAUGAGACUGUUCUUCAAGCUCUCCGGAACUCAUCUACGAAGGAAGCCCGUAACUUUGCGGCCAACAUUACCUGGUGCAAGAUUCCGCUGAGCAAGUCCACAGACAUCACCAUGUCGGCGACAGAUGUCACGGUGUCUGCGUUGGAUAAGAUCGUGUACCACCUGUGGGCGGAGGAAGGGAGCUUCAAGUUGAAGACUCCGCUGCGUUGGCCGAAGGGGGCUAACGUCACGGUAGCGCUGACGAGCCUGCAGGACCAACCAGUCAAGGGCGAGCUCAACGUGGUGGGCGGCGAGCUCUUGAUCCUGGCAUGGUACAGAAUGCUGGCGUUGGCACGCGUCAAGGGCACUGCGGAGCACGACGUUGACGCAAUCUUGCUGUUUGGCAGGAACAUGCCCCUGGACUUCCAGUACCUGGCUCCCGACGACCCGGCGUUCUUGCAGGCGGCGGCCCUCUGCGAGAGCUUCGAGUUUCUUCGGGAGCAUUUUGGGCUUGACGUGUGGAAGUACAUGGAGCUGGUGGUUUCCACGCGCAAGUACUUGCGAACCUUGCCAGCCUUUGGGGAGGUGAACGAGAAGAAGAUCGCAGACUACUUGUGCGAGAAGGUCAGCUUCCAAGGCUCGCGGAAGCCGACCCCGAUCGCAGAGGAGCUCAGCAAGGCGCCGAAGGCGAAGAGAGCAAUCCAGCUACUCACCGCUGAAUAUGGGCGCUCUACCAUCUUUGAGGAUUUCACGUGCUUUAUCAGAAAGCUGGGCAUCUUCUUCUUGAAGAAUUACGUGGUGGACUGCGACACCGAUGCUCAGAGGGACUUACUGGCCCGCGCGAAGGCCAUCAUGAGCGCACCUCUGCAGUACCACAAGGAGUUCCCUCCCAAUAGCCUUCCAGAGCAUGGUCUGAGUUGGAUCUCUGCCUUGCCAAAGCCCAUGAGCAUGCUCUUCAAUUUCUGGCGAAAAACAGUUGCCGGCCAGUUCAACCAGGGCCUCAAAGGAAUCCUUGGGUCGCCGCCGCAAGGGGGGGUGUCGCCAGAAUCCUUCUUGGCUGUUGAGUCAGUUAAGGGUGAGUGGCAUAAGGUUCUACAGGCGUACGAUGAGUACAGGAAAGGCAAGGACGCUGCCGAGGCAUCGCAGCCGGACGCAGCUGUUGCUGCCAGCGCGAGCACGGAUGGCGCAUGUGAUGAUUCCUUGCCAGGCAGCUUGGCGGGGACGGACGCCGCUGACACGGUGGCAUCUUUUCAGCGUGACUGCAGUUCGAAGGCGGAGGACUACCUCAGCCAGCACUUCAUCUGCAUUCAUGACGUGGAGAACACCUACACUGCGUUGACGACCACCAUCCAGGCCGUGGAGGUGACGCGGGCAGCAGGGAGGCUCAUGGGCUUCUUUGACAUCAAGAACUGCGGCUUACCUCGAUGCUACAAGGGCCAGAACGCUUUUCAAAGGUAUCCAUCCUUUCCCGAUGAUGCCCUAGGGCUCUUCGUCAAAACGACCAAUGGCUUGAUGGAAGCUGGGCGAGACAUUGCUUUCAUCAUGAGCGGCAAGAACCCAGCUCACGAUGGCAAGGUCAUUUCCGUGAUCACACAAGCCGGCUGGAAUUACAAGCUCUUCCGGCUCUCGUACGAUUUGAAAAUGAUGAAAGACGAGGGGUUGGUGUGCAGGAUGCGCGGCGUGGCCAACUCCCAUCAAGGGGAGAGCCUUUUUCUUUGCUUCAAGGGCAAGAUGCCAAAGGGGUUCCCCCGUCAUCGCCAGCACGUUGAUGCAGGCAGCCCCCUAUAUUCUGACACCAUCAACAAAGUCCCUAUUUGCAAGAACUCGGAGCUCAUGCGGGUUCCAGCGACUGUCAAGGAAGCUUGGAUGAGCACUUUUGCCGUUGACGCUGACGAGGAGAACCCGUUUGGGGAUGACUCUGAGGCAGAGGACGAGGACAAGGAGAAGGAAGCGGAGGAUGCUAAGGACAGCGGCAAGAGGCGCUGCUACCCAAAGCGUUUGGGGGGCCGGGCUUUGCUUCGCCACACGUCGGCUGAGCUCACAGCAUCAUGCUGGCCGCAUGACAAUGCGCCUGCCCUUUUGAAAGAGCUGGCGUACGAGGCAUCCUGCGCUUGGUGCGUGCAUGCAACGCCAAGUGGUGGCAAUGGUGUGCUUGGCCUUCUUGAAAAGGGAGUCGUGGUGAUUGCACUUGCAAGAGAUGCCAGCCAUGCCGAGUGGCUCCGCAAGAACUUGAAGGAGAAGAUCAUGGACAUGUUCAUCACGAAAGGCCAUCCAAUGGAGGACCCACGCCUCACUUCACGAGCUGAUGUGCUGACGAAGGCAGAUGGCACCAGCAAGAAGGAAGAGAAAGCCGACAACAAGACGCCAAAGAAGACCAAGGGCGACACCGCGGAUGCCAACGACGAUCUGCCGGGCCUUGAGAUGCUGCAAAGCACAGAGAAGGAGUCCAAGCCCAAGAAGGAGACCGGGAAGGACAAGGAGAAAGAGAAGCGCAGGACACGGAGAAGCCCGAGCAAGGACAAGGAGAAGCGCAAGACCAAGGAGAGAAAGCGCAAGCAGGAAGAUGGCACUGAGGACAAGUCCCCCAAGAGUUUGAAGUCGAAGUGAAGGG